AUGACCAUGAUAAUAACUAAUUAUAACCCUAAGUCCUCCUCCUUCGUCGUCGUCUUCGUCGUUCUUUUCGUAAUUAUUUUCAGUAAACAAGUACACGCGGAUGACGAAAUUACCAAAAAGGGCAUCGGGUGGUGGUGCAGCACGACACCCCACCCAGAGCCCUGCAACUACUUCAUGGCCCGGUUCGACCCGAAAACCCGGGAAGAUUUCCGGACCAUGACUAUAGUUGCCUCGCUGGAGCGGGCCAUAGACGCCCAAACCCGGGCCAAUAUAAGCGGGUCGGGCUGCCGGAGCAAAAGAAAAGCUAUUGUAUAUAGAGACUGCAGCAAGCUGAUGGACAACACAAUCCUCCAGCUCACCAGCACGUUGAACAACAUCCAAACAAACGCCACUUUUACGGUUUUCGACGCCCAGACGUGGCUGAGCACCGCCCUGACGAAUAUCGAGAUCUGCCGAUCCGGGUCACGUGACCUGAACGUGACUAAGUUUACUUCCCCGAUUCUAUCGGGGAAUGUUUCCGAGCUUAUAAGCAACUGCUUGGCCACAAACGGAGCUCUCCUCCUCGACGGCGGCGGAAACUCGUCGGCGGCGGCGGGGGGUGGUCGUCGGGGGUUUCCGGGGUGGGUUUCCGGCGGGGAUAGGAAGCUGUUGCAGGACAUGGCGCUGGCGGCGAAGGCGAACGUGGUAGUUUCUCAGGAUGGGUCUGCCGGGAGUUUUAGGUCGGUGCAGGCGGCGAUUGACUACGCGACGGCGAGGAGGGUGGGGAACGGGAGGGUGGUGGUGUACGUGAAGAGAGGGGUGUACAGGGAGAAUAUUCUGGUGAGCAGGACGAUGAAUAAGGUGAUGCUUGUCGGAGAUGGGUUGAGGUACACCGUCAUCACCGGCAGCCGGAGCGUGGCGGCGGGUUUCACUACUUACAGUUCUGCAACAUUUGGAAUCGACGGCAUCGGAUUCAUAGCGCGAGGAAUCACAUUCCGGAACACCGCGGGCCCACAGAAGGGCCAGGCGGUGGCUCUCCGCUCCGCCUCCGACCUAUCCGUAUUCUACGCAUGCGCUUUCGAGGGCUACCAAGACACACUCUUCGUCCACGCGCAGCGCCAGUUCUACAAAUCAUGCUACAUCUACGGAACAAUCGACUUCAUCUUCGGCAACGCGGCGGUCGUGUUCCAGAACUGCAUAAUCUACGUCCGGAAGCCCUUGGUGGGCCAGGCCAACGUGGUCACCGCCCAGGGCCGGGGCGACCCGUUUCAGAACACGGGUAUAUCCAUCCACAACUCCCGGAUAAUGCCCGCCCCGGAUCUGAAACUUGUCGUCGCCUCGUUCAAGACGUAUUUGGGCCGACCGUGGCAGCAGUACUCUCGGACCGUGAUCAUGAAGAGCUUCAUCGACGGGUUUGUGGUCCCCGAGGGGUGGUCGAGGUGGGAGGAUUCGGAUUUCGCGUUGAGUACACUUUAUUAUGGGGAGUACAAGAAUUUCGGGCCGGGCGGGUCGUCGAGGAACCGGGUCAAAUGGCCCGGUUACCAUAUUAUUACGAGCCCGAACGUGGCGAACCGGUUCACUGUAGGGAGUCUUAUUGCCGGUCGGGCGUGGUUGCCUUCCACUGGGGUCCCAUUUAUUGCUGGGUUGUAACUUGUAUUAUUAUUAUUACACGUCUUGUUAAUUAUUAUGUAAUUCUUUUUUUUUUUUCUUUCUCUUUUUUAGUGAUUUAUUAGUUGAUUAAUUUUUUACAUGUCAUGCCAUUAUGACAGAAAUUAAUGACCGUUAUUUAGAAUUGUUCAAUUUAUUGGUCAAUCCAUUAAAAAA